AUGAGAGGAUUGUCGAAGUCGCCUAUUUGCUUUAUUCUCAUUCUCGCGCUCCAUCUCAGUAAUGGCGAUCUAAGAUAUUCAGUUCCAGAGGAGAUGAAACGAGGAUAUGUUGUGGGAAACCCAGCUAAGGAUCUCCGACUGGACGCUAAAACACUUGUGUCCAGGAAUGCACGUUUGGAUGCAGACGGCGUCAGUAAACGUUUUAGUGAGCUAGAUACACGGACUGGAGCCCUUAUUGUUUCGGAGCCCGGAGACAGAGAGGAGCUCUGCGGCUCGCGUCAGAUGUGUCUUCUUAAAUACGAAUUGGUCCUAGAGAAACCGUUAGAGCUUCAUAGCGUUGUUGUGCAAAUUCAGGAUAUAAAUGAUAAUGCACCACAAUUUUCCUCCGAUAAAAUUAAACUCGAAAUUAGCGAGUCCGCAGUUAAGGGGACUACUUUUUUCUUGGGAGAAGCCCACGAUGCAGAUUUAGGACAAAACGCAGUUCAGGGAUAUUCUCUUGGAAGAAACGGUCAUUUCUCUUUACAUGUCGGUACAAAUUCAGACGGAGGAAACUACGCAGAGUUAGUACUUGAUAAAGAACUCGAUCGCGAGAAAGAGCAGGAGGUUACAUUGUUUCUAACAGCCACAGAUGGUGGGGAUCCGGAAAGGUCAGGCACCGCCGUUAUACAUGUUACUGUGCUGGAUGCUAACGAUAAUUCUCCCGUGUUUACUCAACCUGUGUAUAAAGUAAAUCUACCAGAAAAUGCCCCUAUGGGCACGGUCGUAGUAAGCGUGAACGCGACAGAUGCAGACGCGGGUGUAAAUGGAGAAGUAAUGUACGAGUUUAGUCGAAUGUCUGAUAAAGCUGCUAGGAUAUUUUCACUGGACAAGCUUAAUGGUGAAAUUAAGGUGACCGGUCCUGUAGAUUUCGAGGAAGAGUCUUACUAUGAAAUGCGUGUACAGGCAAAAGAUGGGCUGGGAUCGGCCUCUGACGCAAAAGUGGUUGUCGAAGUCACUGACGUGAACGAUAACAGUCCGAAGAUUGUCAUUAAGUCCCUCAUCAACCCGUUCCCUGAAAACGUCAUUCCUGGGACAGAGGUGGGCAUCGUCAACGUUCAGGACGAAGACUCCGGGCAAAAUCGUCAGGUCCGUUGUUUCAUUCAAGAAAAUGUUCCUUUUAAAUUAAAUCCGUCGAUAAAGAAUUAUUAUUCCAUAAUCAUAACAACUGGGGUGGAUCGUGAAAUAGUUUCAUAUUUUAAUAUAACUAUUAUUGCUGUAGAUGAGGGAACACCAGCAUUGUCUUCAUCUAAAUCUAUUCAUUUAUCAGUUUCUGAUGUCAAUGACAACCCACCUGUAUUUGAAAAGAUAGAUUAUGGUGCUUAUAUGACUGAGAACAACAAACCAGGCACCUCUAUCUGUUCUGUUAGUGCGAGAGACCCAGACUGGAGGCAGAAUGGUACAGUACUGUAUUCUCUGGUGUCCAGUGAGGUCAAUGGUGUUCCAGUGUCCUCAUUUAUAUCCAUUAAUGCAGACACAGGGGUGAUCCAUGCUGUGAGGUCAUUUGACUAUGAGCAGUUCAGAAACUUCAAAGUCCAGGUUGUAGCCAGAGACAAUGGCUCUCCUCCACUCAGCAGUAAUGUGACUGUGAGUGUGUUCAUAACAGAUGAGAAUGAUAACUCUCCACAGAUAUUAUACCCUGCACCUGAGGGAAAGUCUUUAAUGACUGAGAUGGUCCCUAAAGCUUCUCUGUCAGGCUCUCUGGUCUCCAAGGUGAUUGCUGUGGAUGCUGACUCAGGACAGAAUGCAUGGCUGUCAUAUCAGAUUGUGAAGUCUACUGAUCCAGGACUUUUCACCAUUGGUCUCCAUAGUGGAGAGAUCAGGGCACUGAGGGACAUUACUGAAUCUGACAGCAUGAAGCAAAACCUUGUUAUCUCAGUGAAAGAUAAUGGACAACCUCCUCUCUCUGCUACCUGUUCUGUUUAUUUACUUAUUUCUGACAACCUUGCUGAAGUUCCAGAACUUAAAGACAUGACUUAUGAGGAGAGCAACUCCAAACUAACAUCUUAUUUGAUCAUCGCACUCGUUUCUGUGUCCACCUUCUUUCUGACUUUCAUUAUUCUGAUCCUGGCUGUGAGGUUUUGUCACAAGAGAAAGCCCAGACUGUUGUUUGAUGGAGCAGUCGCCAUUCCCAGUGCGUAUCUCCCUCCCAACUAUGCAGAGGUGGAGGGAGCUGGAACUCUCCGCAGUUCUUACAAUUAUGACACGUAUCUAACAACAGGCUCACGCACCAGUGACUUCAAAUUUGUCGCAUCAUAUAAUGAGAACACACUGCCUUCAACUCAUACCCUCAACAGGAUUCAAAAUCAAUUUGAUCCAUUUGAAGAGAACUUAUUCACUGUUGCUUCAUCCGAUUCUAAGUCCCGAUUUAAGCGCUAA